AUGACUUCGAUAGCGAACAGCGACAUCACCCGCGACGCCGGCAUCGACAAUACCGACAUAAUGACCUUGGACAACUACACAUUUCCCAAGGAGAGGCUCAAGAAGAAGUUGUCCAACGACGAGAAGACACCCAUCGUCCUCGUAUCUUGCGGUUCCUUCUCGCCGCCGACCAACCUUCACCUGCGCAUGUUUGAAGAAGCGACAGACUACUGCGAAUUCGAGACAGACUACGAGGUUGUGGGCGGGUUCUUCAGUCCUGUCGGCGAUGCCUACAAGAAGGCUGGCCUCGCAUCUGCGCACCAUCGAAUUUGCAUGACAAGGAUCGCCGUGAAAGACAGCUCCACCUGGAUUGGUGUUGAUCCAUGGGAGCCGCUGCACAAGGAGUAUAUGCCAACAGUCAAGGUCCUGGACCACUUCGAUCACGAGCUGAAUGAUGUACUGGGUGGAAUUGAGACAUCGACCGGCGAGAAGAAGAAGAUCCACGUCGCGCUGCUCGCAGGUGCCGACCUUAUCCAGACCAUGAGCACACCUGGGCUGUGGGCCAAGGAGGAUUUGCGCAGGAUUUUGGGCGUCUACGGCGCUUUUAUUCUCGAGCGCAGUGGCACCGAUAUCGAUGAUGCACUUGUCAGUCUUCAGGAAUGGAAGGACAACAUCCGUGUUAUCCCGCAACUCAUCCAGAACGAUGUCUCUUCGACCAAGAUCCGCCUGUUCCGCAAGCGCGGCAAGAGCAUUCGUUACUACAUCCCGGACAAGGUCGUCGACUACAUCUACGAGCACGGCCUAUAUGUUUCCGACGAUGAGAAGUCAAAAGCCGCCGACAAGGGCAAGGAGAAGGCCUCUGACCGUGCAAGCUCGUCAGCAGUCACUUCGUCUUGA